AAGACCUGGAGCGGAAGGAAGGCGAUGCUGAAACGCGGUUAAAUUUGGGCACCGCCGCCGCCCGUAGUCGGCGUCCUCAACAUGGCGGCUCCCCAGGAUGUCCACGUCCGUAUCUGUAACCAAGAGAUUGUCAAAUUUGACCUGGAGGUGAAGGCGCUUAUCCAGGAUAUUCGGGAUUGUUCAGGACCAUUAAGUGCACUUACUGAACUGAAUACUAAAGUGAAAGAGAAGUUUCAGCAACUGCGGCACAGAAUACAGGAGCUUGAGCAGUCAGCUAAAGAGCAAGACAAAGAGUCAGAGAAGCAGGUUCUGCUCCAGGAAGUGGAGAAUCACAAGAAGCAGAUGCUCAGCAAUCAGACCUCAUGGAGGAAGGCUAAUCUCACUUGCAAAAUUGCUAUCGACAAUCUAGAGAAAGCAGAACUUCUCCAGGGAGGAGACCUCUUAAGGCAAAGGAAAACCACCAAAGAGAGCCUGGCCCAGACAUCCAGUUCCAUUACGGAGAGCCUCAUGGGGAUCAGCAGGAUGAUGUCCCAGCAGGUUCAGCAGAGUGAGGAAGCCAUGCAGACGCUAGCCAAUUCUUCCCGGACUAUCCUGGAUGCAAAUGAAGAGUUUAAGUCCAUGUCAGGGACCAUCCAGUUGGGACGGAAGCUUAUCACAAAAUAUAAUCGCCGAGAGCUGACGGACAAACUUCUCAUUUUCCUUGCCCUGGCCCUUUUCCUCGCUACGGUCCUCUAUAUUAUAAAAAAGCGGCUCUUUCCAUUUUUGUAAGAUAGGGAAUUACCAGCUUUUGCCCUUUAAAGUCCGGUGUCAAGAUCUGGCCAUGCUACCAAGCUCUGGUAAACCAGUCCAUGCCUCCACGGUCUGCUCCAGUUGUUCUACGGGUUGGAUGGAGGCACAGAGUUCCCCAGGUUCCUGCAGGUGGCUGGCUUGCAAAGGGCGAGCAGAGCAAGGUGUCAUUGAGACACCUUCAGGGACACAGGGACUCCACGAGCCGUCGCAACAGUGCUUAUGGCUGUCACAUGGGGCAUUCAGAGGCCAGCCUUCAGGCUUUGAUCCUCCUUUCUCUCCUUCUCCUGCUGUGGCCUUAGUGCCAGAUCUGGUAGAAGGAAGAGAAAAGUGGGGGGGAAGGAGGAUAAGGAAAACUCACGUCCAUUUCUUGAAUAAACUUGACUAUAUUUAAUAGAA